AUGGGCUGCCCCCGUCGGGGCCGCGCCGCCGCGCUGCGUUCCGACGUCUCAGAGGCGCGACGCCGGCGGCCCCAGGACCUGGGAGCAGCGGUCGAGGGCAGUCAAAGCAAGGAUGUCAAGCCAGCUUUGAACACCAGCAACAGCGAGGGUGGCCUAGGCCGACGACGACUUCCCUUGGGCAAAGAUUCGGCCGUGGGAAACUUCUUGAGUUUGUUGGGGAUCCCCCAGUACUCCGAGCAGCUCUUGGAUCGCGGCCUGGAAAGCCUCGUGCUACUGAGCCGCUUGAACGAUGAGGAGCUCAUCAUCAAGACGGAAGGAAUUCCUUUCCUCCCAGGCCAUCGAGCACGCUUGCUUCGCGGUGUUUUGGUGCUUCGAGAAGCUUCAUUGUUGAGCGUUCAAGACAGCGCUUCCAAGGCUCGUGAGAAGGCGCUGUUAUCGCGCUUGGCCACCCGCAACCAGGAGCUGGCGGAUCGCUGCCAGCACGUCGAGGCUUUGCUGCAGGAUCUGCAGGCGGAGAAGGAGAGACGUGAUGAGAAGCUGAGCUAUGUCCAGGCUCGGGCAGAGGUCUUGGAGGUGCAAACCGCCACCCAGGUGCCAAAGGAGCCCUUGCCGGCAGAAGAGUUCACCGUCGAGGGGACGACAAAUAUGCUAAUAUAUUUGACAUAUGCAUUGAGCGAUGAUCCAAAUUUUCGGAAUUUCUGGCCUCACACCGUGAGCGAGGCAGAUGCCGUGAUAGAACAACUCCGGAUGAUUGCCAAAGCUGUACAAUUCGGUUCCAGAAAGAACAAGGACAUUGUCCAGUGUUUCGUGGACCAUCGGGGGCUUCACAUGCUGGUGAAGUGCCUGCUCUCUUUCCGCACGCCAUCCGGUAUCAGGGCACAGGGAUGGCAGUCCUUGUGUUUGGUCCUCCAGAAUGUGAAGGAUGACACGUUUGAUUUGCUCAUCCGAGAAGAGGGUGCUGCCCUCAAUCAGCUCUUCUCCGGCAAGCCGGAUCUAUCAGUGGAGGAGCACCUGCAGUUCUUUGUUUCUGCCCUCAAGACGGUGUGCAUGCGCACCAGCGUGGAGAGCUUGCCAUAUUUGAUGACUGAAGAUCGUGACUUGCCCGUAUUUCGAAGGGCCAUGGCUUACACGGCCUAUGAUGAAGCCUUGGUCCGGACGAUGGCACGCAGCGCCCAGCUCUGGAUCUUCCCAAAGCUCAAGCAGAACCAGGAGCUGCUGUGCAUCGCCUUGGACAUUGCAAAAUCAGAGUUGCCGAUGCUCCUGUGCACCUUGUUGCGGAAGAACUGGCUCACGAUGGCCCAAGCUUCACAGCGGCGCAGCGAUUCCCUCUUCCGCGUUGGGGCGGAAUGUGAAGAGGACGUCUGGGGCUUUCUUGGUGAACUACUUUCCUUGGAGCUACCAGAGAUGGCCGAAUUGAUCUCAGGGAUGGUCGUCGGAAGUGUCAUGGGCGACUUGAGCAAUUUGACUUCAAGAAAAGCCGGCCCAAAUGAUUGGAGCCUGGGAUUUCCGAAUGUAGAGGCCUCGGAGCCAAUGAUGGUUCUCCCAUCUCCCAGUGCUUUCAGCCCAUCCCCGAAGAGCACUGCAUCUACAGCAUCCUCUUCACGGGAACCGACCUACAUUCGCAUGGCUACGUUUGCUGCUUCUGGACUGGCAGGUGCUGCACAGGCUGCCAACGUUGCAACUCCGCCAGUCUCGAGUGACUUCUCUAUGGCUCUAGCACUGCGAACAUUGGCCAUUUACGCCAGGACCUUGCGCCAAAUCGGUAUUGGUUGCGCACUCAUGCCUCUCAUUGAGCUCCUCCUUUUACCAUCCGUGCCUUCGAAAAUGAUCGACGCAAUGGAACAGCUUGCUGGUGGCUGUGUCACUGAGGAAGGUACCAUCGCAUUCGCGGAGGAUUUUGCGGCUCGGGCCAUGGAGGAUUGGGCUUUGAAACCACGAAUCGACGAUGAGCUCUCCGAGGAGGAGAAGAAGGUUCUUCUAGAGCAAGCCAAGAAGCGCCGCGAUGAGUAUUGGCAGAAGGAGUUGCGGACUGCAGCUGCGAUGACAGGGCACAACAUGGUGCCCAAUCCCUUUCGGGAGGCCUUCCUGGCCAUGCUGGAUAUCACAGCUGGUGUGUCAGAUUCGCUCACGUUCAGAGCCAACUGCAAUAUGAAUUCUGUUCAGUCUGUGGACGGAAAGACGGCGGCCACCUUCGUGAUGUCAGAGCUGAAGCUCAUGUAUCCACAGCUUCUGGAGGAUGCGAAGCUCCUGGUGCACGAGGUGCCGGUCAUCAUCGAAGAUCCGAAGGACUCGGCUCCAACAAGCUUCGCCAGCUUCGCCGAAGGACUCACCUGGUUUUUUCAGGUGGGAGGUAAUGGCUGCACCUUCACAUCGUUGUGA